GGUUACAACUUCCUGUUUGGGUCGAAAGCGGAUGUGAACAGAUGAACGCUUCCUCUGUCUCCUUUUCGUGACUCGUUUGUCAACAUUUCGCCUAAAUAAGUAAACGCACGCGACGGAAGAAUGUCGGAAACGGGGAACCGACUGCGGAAGCUGCUCGAAUCGCCUAAUUUUGACCCUCAAAAUUACGUCAAGCAGCUGUCACAGCAGUCCGAUGGCGACCGAGACCUCCAGGAGCAUCGUCAGAAAAUCCAAAACCUGGCCGACGAAACUGCCCAGAACCUGAAGAAAAACGUCUACAAGAACUACAGGCAGUUCAUCGAGACGGCCAAAGAGAUUUCGUACCUGGAGAGUGAGAUGUACCAGCUGAGUCACAUCCUGACGGAGCAGAAGAGCAUCAUGGAGAGCAUCACUCAGGCCCUGUUGUCCACAGACAAGGACGAGACUUCGAAGGAGAUGCAGGCUGCUUUCCCCAAAGAGACGGAGGAGCUGAAGCAGAGGACCCUGACCUCGCUGCUAGAGAAAGUGGAGGGAGGCAAAAACAUCUUGGACACUCCAGGGAGGCACCUCGUCUACAACGGGGACCUCGUGGAGUUUGACGUGGACAACAUGUCCCCCAUCCAGAAGGUGCACGCGUUCCUCAUGAACGACUGCCUGUUAAUCGCCACCUGGCUGCCGAACCGCAGAGGCACCGUGAAGUACAAGUACAACGCCCUGUACGACCUGGAGAGUUUUGCGGUGGUCAACGUGAAGGACAACCCUCCCAUGAAGGACAUGUUCAAGAUCCUCAUGUUUCCAGACAGUCGCAUCUUCCAGGCGGAGAACAGCAAGAUCAAGAAGGAGUGGCUGGAGAUCCUGGAAGAAACCAAGAAGAACAAAGUCACCAAGGACCGGCACAUGAAGGAGGAGGAGGCCCCGACAUCCCCCGUGAGGACCGAGGUGUCCACCAACCCUUUUGAUCAGGAAGAUGACGAGCCGCCAGGCGCCGGGGAAAGUGUGGAUCUCAGCCUCGAGUGGAUCCAGGAGCUGCCGGAGGAUCUGGACGUCUGCAUCGCCCAGAGAGACUUCGAGGGCGCCGUGGACCUGCUGGACAAGCUCAACGAGUAUCUCAAAGACCAGCCGGUCACCCAGAGGGUCAAGGAGCUAAGGCUGAAGGUGGACGAGCGCGUGCGGCAGCUGACGGAGGUUCUGGUGUUCGAGCUGUCUCCAGAUCGGUCACUUCGCGGUGGACCCAAAGCCACUCGGCGGGCCGUGUCCCAGCUGAUCCGACUAGGCCAGUCCACCAAGGCCUGCGAGUUGUUUCUGAAGAACCGCGAGGCCGCAGUCCAGACGGCCAUACGCCAGCUUCGCAUCGAAGGAGCCACGCUGCUCUACAUCCACAAACUCUGCAACAUCUUCUUCACCAGCCUGCUGGAGACGGCCAAGGAGUUUGAGAUGGACUUUGCGGGGAACACAGGCUGCUACUCCGCCUUCGUGGUCUGGUCCAAAUCGGCCAUGAGGAUGUUUGUAGAUGCCUUCAGCAAGCAGGUGUUUGACAGUAAGGAGAGCCUGUCGACAGCAGCCGAGUGUGUUAAAGUGGCCAAGGAGCAUUGUCAGCAGCUGACCGACAUCGGCCUGGACCUGACCUUCACCCUGCAGUCCCUGCUGGUCAAAGACAUCAAGGCGGCCCUGCAGAGCUACAACGACAUCAUCAUUGAGGCCACCAAGCACCGAAACUCCGAGGAGAUGUGGAGGAGGAUGAAUCUCAUGACCCCCGAGGCUCUGGCUAAACUCAAGGACGAGAUGCGCAGCUGUGGCGUCGGCAGCUUCGAGCAGUACACUGGCGACGACUGCUGGGUGAACCUGAGCUACACCAUCGUGGCCUUCACGAAGCAGAUGAUGAGCUUCUUGGACGAAGGCCUGAAGCUCUACUUCCCCGAGCUGCACAUGGUGCUGCUGGAGAGCCUGAGGGAGAUCAUCCUGGUGGCCGUGCAGCACGUGGACUACAGCCUGCGCUGUGAGCAGGACCCGGAGAAGAAGGCCUUCAUCAUGCAGAACGCCACCUUCCUCCACGACACCGUGCUGCCGGUGGUGGAGCGGAGGUUCGAGGAGGGCGUGGGCAAGCCCGCCAAACAGCUGCAGGACCUGAGGAAGAGCACCCGGCCGGUCAGAAUCAAUCCAGAGAGCACCACGUCGAUGGUGUGAGAUUGCAAUAAAGGAUGGCGGCCUGGAAAAAAAACUCUUAGGUGCUCUUCUGCUGACUGUUGUGGCAAUUAUUUUAGGAAUAACUGCUAGAUGUUGGUUGUUUUGAGAUUUGCAGGACAAGAAAUGACAGAAUGCAUCAUGGAGAACAGCGAAUACGAUACCUCAAGAGAGGUAUGUGUAAACCGCUAUUUGUACCGACUCUCACAAAAAUGGCCUUUUUGGUGUUGGCUAAUAUUGAUGAAAAAUGAUCAGAUCUUUGAGAAACGACCCAUUUGAGAUGUCCCAUUUGUCAGUGUAAAAUUCAUUUCAUCUACAUUUGAGUUAACCACAUGAUUUGGCACAUUGUAGUGUGUUUUCAUGUCAGUGUGUGUGUGUGUGUGUGGACACAUUUGUAUUAUCGUCACAUUUCAGUCAAGCAGCUGAUGAAUAUAUGUACAUCUUCUGAUCAGACGGGGUAUGUACAGUUUUGUGCUUGUGUUACCCAGUUCUCUGAAAUUCCAUAAAACAACUUAUUAAAGCUAUUGGCAAACAAAUCCUCAUCUCAAUGGAUUGUGUAUGUGCUCUCCAUCAAAAAGAAGGCUGUUUGAAAGUAAAGUAAUAUAUUAUGAUGUUUGAAUCCGACUCAUUUAGCUUUGAUGGUGACGCUGCUGGACUGCUGUUAGACACUAAAUAGCAUUCCAGCAUAGGAAUGAUGGAAAGGGAUGACUGAAUAUAAUAAUAGUCCAGUUUGUGUUGAAGAAAAACACAUGAAAUGAAAUAAAGAUCUUCAUGCACA